AUGCUAGUUAUCUACUUAUGGAUUAAAUUAGUUGAAAAAUUGCCUAUUUUCUCAGCACCAUUAUCUUAUCCAGAGGAACGCCCGAGUGUUGUGUACCCAACAACGCCAUCCCCCAGACAUCAGGAAUAUUACGAGGAGUACACACCAGAGGAGUACUUCGAGCCGGACGAGGAGGCCACGGUGUGCAUUGGGAAUCUACCGUAUGACAUUGACAAGAAGGACCUUGCCCUGCUCUUCAAGGAUGUUGGCAUCGUCAUGUUUUCGGAGAUCAUUUAUGACAGGGAAACAGGCGAGAGCUGUGGAUAUGGGUUUGUCACCAUGAGUACUGCUGAGGAGGCCAAGAAGGCUGUGGAGAUGUACAAUCGCCGUGAGAUGGACGGCAGGCCCCUGACUGUGUACAAGACAGCUGCUACCAGAGGUGCCCAGACAGAAGAAACGCCGUCUCCCCACCCCUGUCGAUCAGAGUCUUCUUCGUUCAAGAUCUAUGUGGACAAUCUUUCCUGGAAAGUGAGCAACUCAAACCUGAAGCAGCUGUUCAGUGACUAUGGUGAAGUGGUCGGUGCCAAAGUUGUUUACCACCGCGGAAGAGAAGCCGGGCGCUCCCCAUUCGGUUUUGUCACGAUGGCGACGCGGCAGGAAUCGGAGAAUGCCAUUUGGCACCUCAACAAGCAGGUCAGUCAGUGCGUGGUCUGGUUGGUUGCCAGUCAAUUGUUGUACGAGCAGAUGAAGCAGAUUUGGUUUUACUGA